AUGACAAUGAGUAUCACCUUAUUAGGUUUUAAAACUAUGUUAACGGAGGAGUUAGGUAACAGUUUAGAAGAAGAUUUAAGACAAAUGGUGAUUUCGAUAACUACACAAGAACUUGAAAAAAUAAAACAGGAACUCAUUUGUUCAUUUGAAGACUCAAAGUCAUUCUCUUUGGAUGGGACACAAUGGUCCAAAAUAAUCAAAGCGUUUGCGAAGAUUGUAAAAGAACUAUUUUCAGAACCCGAAGCGGAAACAAAUACGCCAGCAUUUUCAUCACAACAGGAAAGCAUUCCAAAUGCUUUUAGGGAAAUAGUGUACAUGUACAAUAAAACGGUAUGCCCUGAUAAUCAAGGAUACAGUGAUAUAAACAUUGGACUAUCUUUAGAAGAAAGUCAGAGAAACCCUUCCCAGUUUGAAACAAACUACUCCACUGGUUUGUCCACAAAUGUUUGCACUGACUCCGAAUGUGAAUAUUUCAAAGUCGGUGUAUUACGUAACCUAUCUGAUGAAAUACUUCUAAAUCAACUCCAAGCUAAACCUAUUCUUAGUAUAUCUCAGCAGCCAAGUUUCUUAAUGAAGUCAUUUGAAAAUACGGUUAUACUAACACCUGAUGUAAGGCCUACUGACAGACGUUGUAUCUCCGAAAAUUUACUACAAACAAUGGGUCCAUUAUGGAAUGAAUAUGCAAAAGAAGUUGAUGAAGAAACUGACAUUCAAUUGGAUAGAAAUUUGCCUAUUCUUGAUGAAAAUGAUGAAAUCUUUACUAAUCUUAUCAAUACAAUCGCAAAAGAUUUCAAUGAGAUGAAAUUUACCAGUGAUAAUGAUAAUCUUAAAUUCUUUGAUAUACCAGUUCCUGAUGAAAUAGAUAUAAAACCAAUUUAUGAAACAGUUUGUCAAUUAUUCAAUAAUAAUUCUAAAUCUGUACUUACAAGCCUUAGUCAAUCAUUUUUAAUGGAUAAAUCAAAAUGGAUUUUACCAAUUUUGAAGUUGCACACUGAUGAAGAUGAAACUAUGUUUCGAAGAACAAAAACACUGCCAAGUAGUAAAUUGGAUGAAUUAUUUAUUCAUGAAGUAAAUAAAUACAAAAAACAAAAUGAAAAAGUAGAAAAUAUAUCAGUUAACAAUUUUAAUGAAAAAUAUGAGAAAAUUUUAGCAGAAUUAAAAAAUGAAGAACAAAAAUUCAAUAAGUUAAAACAAAAGUUAAUAUUAUGUCAGUACAAGUCCAAUGAAGUGCCAUUGUGGAAUACAGGCAAUCAUAUGAUAGUUAAUAAUGACAGUAGUGACUAUGAAUUGUUAAACAAUUGUGAAGAAAAAAUCAAUUUACUCAAACUUAAUUUGAUGAAUUUAGUUAAUACUUCACCAGUUUGUAGUAUUUACAAAACUGGCAAAGAAAUGUAUGAUCAUAAGCUAAACAGUAUAGGAAAUACAAUUCAACAACGAUUUCUUGUUGUAUGGAAUAAAUUAAAAUUUACGGAAAAUGAAAAACAAUAUUGUUUAUUGAAAUUUUGUUGGAAACAUAUGAGUGAUACUAUUUAUAUGGCAAAUAUGAAUAAAGCAUUAAAAUUAUUAGAAUAUGCAUCAGAAUAUAUUGAACGUCGUGAAAUGUUAUUACAUAAAUUAGCAAAAAUUGAAAUUGAACAUUUAAGUCAAUCAAAAGAUUAUAGUUUAAAUGAUAAUCAUUUGGAAUUGAAAUGUUCAGAUGAACGUUAUAAAGUUGAUAAGAAAUUUAACAAGUUGGAAAAACUGAUUGAGUCUACUGCUAAACAACUGGAGAAGAAGUUUAAUUAUACUCUGACAUUCAACGGUCAAAUUUAUCUUAAAAAGAUGGUCCAUGAUCGAAGUGAUUUGAUUUAUUUACUGAGAGAUAAGUACAGAAGUAAACCAGGACAUGAUAGCGCAACAUAG